UAACCAAAGUUCACAAAAACUGCUCGAUGCUGGUUUACUGCUGAGUUGAAUUUACACUCGCGAAUAUCGGCCGUUAGUUAAAUCCAAUCCAAUCCCGAGAUGUAAAUGCUGUAAAGUGUUUAUGGAGUGCUUAACGGGUGUUUAUUACCACAAAAUUUACAGUUUAUAUAAACUAGAGUGAAGUUCGACUCAGAGCCUUCGCUUUUACGACGCUUAUAACAAAAUUACACCAUCUUUGUAUUGGAUUCUGACAAGCAUCGUUCUAAAAAUAGUACGUCUAGAAUCUUGUCUACGUCACAGUUAUCAAUCGAGUACAAUGUAUUACACAACAGGACAUAGACUUCGGAUGAAAUCAUAUACAUUCUGUAUUUCAAGACAAAGUUCUUGGAUUUUUAACUUGUGUUAUUUACGACGAUCUCUGACAGAUCGCAUGGCCGCGAUAGUUGUUCGAACUUCUUUUUGAUGCAUGAGAACAUUGGAGAUGAUGCGUGAUCGAUAAUAAGUGUCGUGAAUUAAGGGCCAGUUGUGAGUUUGGAUAGAGUUUUACUUGAGCCGAAUCGUCUGAAUACCUCCUUAAAUGUUGUGCAUAUGUCACCACACGUUGAUUUGGAGAUCGAUGUCUGUAAGAGCGAGCUCUCUUCUUGAAUUUUUAUUUGCCAUAUCAUUGUAGCUAUGUAUUUUGUUACUUGUUCAUUUUGAGUAAGAGAAUUUUUUUGGUUACUGUUUUCGACGCCCAUACAAGAACCAUGUCACAAAACUCAAUUAAAUGUAUGAUACUUAAGCAUUUGGGAAUAAAAUAUUUAUAUUAUAAAAAAAUAUAUCAUUUGUAACCUUUUUAACUAUGAAUCACAUUCUGCGUGAUUUUUACAUGGACAGCUACUUAAGACAAAGUGAUGGUUCUUUAUUGCAGUGUUAAUGGCGUCCAGCAAAUAUAUAUAUGUCUCAAUGCUUUUCAAUCCUAUGCCAAAUGUAGAAUCAAAUCAUCGAUAUUUUCUUUAAUGAUUGGUGUUUCCUAAUUCCUAAUUCUUAAUGGAUUUCAACUGAGACUCUUAAUAUGAAACGUCGGUACAAUGACGACAUGCAGAGACGCGAGCUAUUUUUUAAAGCUUUAAUAGUAGUGCAUGUUUACCAUGAAAUAAAACCAUCAAGUUUUCCAAGCAUUGAUCGAAAGAUUGUCCACUUAUGUCAGGUGAUACCAGCUCAUGUGUUGUUAAACAAAUUUGAAAUUCAAACACAGAACAUAUGACCAUCCAAUGCUGACAGAAAAGCAGAACACGGACUCUUAGAGAAAAUGCACUCUACUGUGAUUAAGUACUUCCUAGUUUUUAUGUUUAUACCAGCAAAUACUUGUAAUGGUAAACUGACAGUUGGGUUAAAAAAACUGAUGUAUGAUAAAUUCACUGUAGAAGAGUACGACAAAAGAAUUAGGCCUGUUGAACACCAAGGAUUUACAUUGGAUCUAGAUGUCAGUCUCCAGUUCUCCGGAAUCAACUCUUUGGACGAAGUCAACGGUAUUUUCACAACAUCAGGAUAUAUGGUUUUGCAAUGGUUUGACAGUUUUUUGAUGUGGGAUCCGCAGUAUUAUGAAAACAUCACAGAGAUCUAUUUGCCACAAAACGAAAUUUGGAAACCAGAUUUGGUGUUGAAAAAUGGAGUCAAAUCAUUCAAAGAAUUGGGUGGUUCGUUCUACUACGUGUACAUAAGACAUACUGGAUUAGUUACUUGGUGGCCAUAUCAAGUGUUUCAAACAAGAUGUCCAAUUGACAUUACCUAUUUUCCUUUCGACAGACAGACUUGUAACAUAACAUUGACGAUAUGGACGCAUUCUGUUUAUGAAGUGAACAUUUCCAACAGCGAAGAUGGUUUGGGAUACUAUGAGUAUCAUCCUAAUAGUGUUUGGGCCAUCGAAUCUUCACUACACUCCGUAAAAGCCGGUUCUUUUGAAUCUGAAGUAACUUUCACCUUUAACUUGAGCAGAAAACCAAACUUUUACAUUCUCAAUCUUAUACUACCAAUUCUUUUCCUCGGCAAACUUAAUCUUAUCGUGUUCGCGAUUCCUACACAAAGCGAAGAAAAAGUGGCGUUCGCGAUUACGCUCUUCUUAUCAUUUGCCGUUUUCCUUAACGUUCUUCAAUUCACCCUUCCAGCAAAUUCAGAAAAUACGUCUAUUUUAUGUUUAUAUCUUAUUAUAGAAUUAACCAUUGGAGUAAUUAUUCUGAUUGUAACAGCUGUUCAAGUCAGAAUUUGUCAUCGGAAUCCUUCUCUUCCUUUUAAUAGCUUUCAUCGGAAACUGUUAAAGUUAUCCAAGUGUUUCACGUGCUGCAAACGUCAUGGUGAAACAGAAGUCACUAAGCUGGAGAGAGAACCGGACGGAAGUGAAGCCUCCAUCAGGAGCUCGACAGAAGAAACGGACUGGCCUUCUUUGUGCACGGCCAUUGAUAUACUAGCUUUCCAUUUCUUGCUAGUCGUUCAGGUGUUCGUUUUCGUCAUCCUGGUGAUCACAACACAUGUCUACAGAUAAACGAAAACAGUUCUUCGCUAUGUCACUGUUUAUGAUUGCUGGAGGGCCCCGGGGGAAUUUUAAAAUUAUAUAAUCUAAAUUUCCUGCACUUUACUCAGUUAGAGAAAUCUUUGUCAUUCCGAUGAAAUAAUAAUGCUUGUCAGAAUUCAUAAUGUCCAUGACGUUACUACUUAGCCAUUUCAUUUGCGAGGGGAUAAUAACAGUAAAAAGGACCAUUAUUUGAGCGAUAUAAUGUACAGCCGUACAUGUACUUUUAAAAGAAAUAAAGUUCGCGUUUUUUGUGGAUGUUAAGAGAUAACCUCCGAGGUCGAGAAAGAGAGAUGUUGUUUGAAAUAUAAAAGCCAAGGCGUUAGCUCAACAUUUCGAGACCGAAGAGGUUAUCCUACAUCAUCCACGAAAACAAGAACUUUAUUUCUAUUCGACUGCGGUUCAGAAAUAUACUGCCGAUCGUUUACUUAUACAGCUACGAAUUAGAUCACUUCGUGACGUCAUGGUAGUCUCCGAAACGGACUAGGCAUACACUUUUUUUUUGCUGACAUUAAUUUAAAAGGUAUUUUGAGAACAAUUUAAAGUGGUUAGUUUGACAUUAUAUCAACUGUUUUGAAUGACACAGUCCGAGAAAACUACACAUACAUGGAAGAGGAUUAAGUUUACUGUGCGUCUUUUUUAUAUGUGUAUCGAUCUCGGAAUACAGACGACUAGUGUAUACAAUGUAUGUGUACAUUGAAUGACAAGUAUUCUUCAGUCAUUUAUAGAUUUGUUUUGCAACAUAUUGAUUAAAAAUUAUCAGUUAUCGACUUUAUUGUUGUAGUUACCUGUAGCAAUUACAAGUGAGAUACAUGUAUAUCAAUUUUCUCAUAAUCAGUUAUUACGUAUUAAGGUAUAUCGCAGAAUAAUUACCACGGCAUUCCUUUGAUCUUUGCAAUAACUGUGAUAGAAAAUCGGUUAAGAUUAUAUAAUGAUUUUUUAGCCGUGAUAUGUGUAAGUAAAUAAUUAAGGAUUCAUUGUUUAGGUUGUCGAGUACGAGAGAUGACUAGCUACAGUGGAAAACGUGAAAGUUUGUUUAACAGCGAAGUCCAGCAAACUAGACUGUGGUUCUUUAUAUUCGUAUCAAAUCAACAUAUCAAAACUUUUGUCUAAUAGACAUUAAAAUACAAAACUCCAUGUAAUUUCCAUAGUCCCGGACGCCCCACUGACGUAUUGCCAAGCUACUCAUUUGCAUAUGAGAAAUAUAUGGGGAAAUUAAAACACAUUGGAGCUUUAAAGGUUUAUCACAGAGGAAACAACUGGAAAUGUAAAUAUUAGAUUUUAUAAUUCAGUCUGCAUGGUAAUACUGUGGCCUACAUAUAAUUUGUCAUUAUUGUUAUCUAUACAUUCAUUGAGAAAAAAGAAUUACAUGCAGUGCAUUUGAAAAAUUCUUUAAUAUUGUCAGAUCGUGCUGUGGUCCAAAAGCUGUGUAACGUCACUUCUUCCAGUUGUGAAAUAAAUGGGGCAAGACGAGCUUUCUUUUCUCAUACUCAAUGGUUAGGUUGGAUAAAAUUUGAUAACAUACUGCAUGCAAAUAGAAAAAAAAUCUUUCAAGAAGUCUUCUUCUCCAGAACGGCAAGGUCACUCGUACGGGUAUUGAGAUAUUCCCAUGCUGUGUUCAUUCAUGUCGUGACCCUUUGGGUUUAGGUUGUCCGAGCCACAACAUAGUGUCAAUUUUAUUUUCUCAUCGAAAUAGAGAUUGAAAACAAUAAUCAUUUUUUAAAAUCACAACAGCAUGGCAAAGGUGACUCAGCUGAGCGAUAGGCCUAUGGGCCGUUUGUAUUAUAUUUUAGAGCAACAUGUAGAAGUUCUGUUGUUGACACCAAGACCAGUGCAGAGUGACAUUAUUAGACAUUCGAAAACGCAAUCUUCCACCAUUUGUUUAAGAUUAGGAUAAAUUACAAAAAGGUUUAUUAUAAGACACAUCACAACGGCCUUCGGCAAUGUGAUUUUCAUGUCCGAAAAUGCUUUAAAAAGUAAUAAAUUUUUCCUUAAUCCGUAAACCUAUUAGCUUUUCCCCCAACUUCGUUGAUUUAACGAACACCUUAGAUUUAUAUCUUUACAGCGUCUCUGACAUUGUCAAAUAAAAUACCUACGACCUGUAUGAGAUUCUGUCAAUAGUGCAACAGAUGUAUACUUGUUCUCCUUACAGCCACGUCAUAGCAGCCACAUGUCCGAUUGAUCGUGCAUGAAAUGAUGUAUGCUGAACUACAAUGAAAUAAACGUAGUAAUAAAUAGUCAAUCCCGGGAUGCAUUUGUUCUGAGGGUAAAAAAGAGACCACGGUGCUCACCUGUCUCACCAUGCUGAUGGAGAGAGAGAGAGAGAGAGAGAGAGAGAGAGAGUCGUGAUAAGUCGGGGCCACUAACAACAUUGGGUAAAUCUGUACAUAUCAUUUUGAUAAACUGUAACUAAUUCCUUGCUAUUGAUGAUUCUAACGUAUAUUCGCACAGUUAGCCUUUUAUCUCCGAUCUACCAACUUUGGAUUAAGGGAUUGUAUUCCUAAUACAUAAUGAUGAUCUUUAUUUUAAACAUACACAGUCAUUCAUAUACCAUUUUUUACAUCAAUCGUUUUACUAUUUAUUCGAAAAAUAAGAUAUCUCUUUAAAUUAAAGAGAUAUUAUUUUAAAGAGAGAUCUUUCAAAUGAGAGAUAUCUCUUAAUUUUAAGAGAUAUCCCUCUAAAAAGAUAUUUUUAAGGUAAAGAGAUAUCUCUUUUUGAAAAUUUAAAGAGAUAUCUCUCUAGCUUAAAGGGCUAUCUCUUUUUACAUUGAUAGAGAUAUAUCUCUUUACACUAGAGAGAUAUCUUUCUCUUUGAGAGAUAUAUCUCUAGUUAUAAGAGAUAUCUCUCAAAGAUAGAGAUAUCCCCAAGCGUAAAGAGAGUAUCUCUUUUGUUUAAAGAGAUAUCUUUUUAGUUAAAGAGAUAUCUCUUGGUUAAAGAGAUAUCUCCCUAGCGUAAAAAGAUAUCUCUCUAACUUACAUAGAUAUUUCUACAAGCAAUAGAUUGGAUUGGAAUGAUUGUGAUUAAAUUAAUUCAAGAGAUAUUUUAUUUUACGAAUAAAUAGUAAAAGGGCGUGUCAUACCCAUAGUACUGACAUACAUGUACAUGUACAAAAGUUGUUUUCCUUAAAAGUGUGUUUUUCGUAGCAUAAAUUGUU